AGGUAUAUCUGGUAUAUCAAUACACGUGUUGCAUCGUUGCCAUUCGUUACAUGUUGCAUUCACGUAUAUACCACCAUACGUCAAUAGAGAUUACGCUCAUUCAUCGCUCGACAGCGAUGUGAGCGAUGUUAAUUUAAAAUCUCUUUCACGAACGAGUUGCAAAUGCCAAAUAUGAGCUUUUCCGUGUACGAGUCGCACGUGGCCCUGUGCAACAACGAACGUGUAAUAAUACACGAUAUUGACAACGGUACCGAAAACGUGAUAGUCUUGCCGGAUCUGGAGGCGGAGAGAAAGAUAGACGUGCACAACAACGUGGACAUCGAGGCAUAUCACAUGAUAACGUCUCUGACGUUCUCCGAGGAUGGAAAGUAUUUUGCUGUGUGCACGAAUCGCAAGCAGCUGUGCCUGUACGAGACCAAGGACCUGAGGCUCCUGUCGAAUCGCACGCUCACCAGGGCCGCGAGCAGAGUGAGAUUCUCGCCGAGCAACGAUAUCGUCGUGGCGGAUAAGGCCGGUGACGCCUACCUGUUCUCCACCAGCCCUCCGACGGAGACCGGGACCUUGAUCUUGGGACACUUGUCGAUGCUCCUCGACAUACUCGUCACGCAAGACGCGAAAUACGUCUUGACGACCGACAGAGACGAGAAGAUAAGGGUUUCCAUGUUUCCGAACUGCUACAACAUUCUGUCUUACUGCCUGGGACAUGCAAAAUUCGUGACGAAUAUCUCGGAGUUGCCGCACGAGAAGAGGAUCCUGAUAUCGUGCGGCGGUGACGGGGUCUUUAAGUUGUGGGACUAUAAGCGCGGAAGUGAACUUAUGUCUGUAAACUUUUGCGACAAGGUACCGAGGUGCGACAUUGAAAAGUUCAACCAGGAUCUCCAUGACUGUAAUUACGACGAAUCCGUAGAUAUACUGCCUGUCAAGUAUCUCAGAGUGUCUCGUCUUAGUAGAAUAGAAUCUUUAAUUGUGAUAAGUUUUUAUAACAGCAAGGUACUGUUAGUUUAUAGGAUUAGCGGUGACAAUGAUACACGGUUAAAGGCAAAUUAUUUGGAAUCCAUAACUGUACAAGCUGAACCUGUGGAAUGUCUCUUACACAAACAAGAUUUGUGGAUAUUAACGGAUGUAGGAUUUCAAGUGUACAAAUUUGAAAAUGAUAAAUUUGUAACUCACGAUGCUCUAAAUUCCACUAUCAAGCGUCUCGAUAUGUCCUGGCAAAUUUUAAAAGACACUAUCGUUAAACGGAAUUUGUUUCCAGUUUUAUAUAAAAGAAAUUAUGACAAUGCGCAGGAAUAUCAAGAAAGGAAGAAGAUCCGUCUUGCGGGCAAUACAGAGUAGAUAUAAUACCAUUUUUACAAAU